CACACGCGCUGCUGCUCCUCUUACGGCCCGUCCGUGGUGAGCAGAGAGCUGGCCGCGGCGGAGAUUUCUCCUUCUGAUAUUGUUUUCCGCGCUUUGACGCACACCGGAGGAGUUAAAGUCGAGCGCGCUGGUGCUCAGUCGCCCGCAACAAUCUGUUCGUCCUUUGCGCGGCGCCUCCGUGGCAAUGGAUUGAUUUCACUACAUGUUCCACCCGGACGGUUUGAAAAGUACCUGGCUGCGGAUGUUUCUGCACAUUUUUUAGGACUUUGAACUUUUUUUUCUCUCUCUCGCUCUCUCGCUCUCUCUCUCUGUCUCUCUAUACCUCUCUUUCUCUCCGCUUGUGUAUUUUGCAGGAGGUGGCCGGGGGGGAUUUUAAGGAUUUCCCCGUUUUUUUCCUUCUUCUUUGGUGAAGCUACUCCGGGGUUCCUGAAGCCUGCAACGAUUUAUUUGUGAAAAGUGAUGGCCGAGCGAGGAGCUCUGCCGCUCCUCUCUCUCCUCUGUCUCACCUUUCUCUCCACGGAGACCGCCGCGGCAAAGCAUGUCGACAAAGGUUCAGCAGCGCAGCCCUUCAACCCCUUCUGGUUCACGGUGGAGCCUCGGGACACGCUGGCGGUCCGGGGCAACGCGGCGCUGCUCAACUGCUCGGCGCACAGCGGCGCGGCGACGCCGGCGCGCGUCGAGUGGAAGAAGGACGGCACCUUCAUGAGCCUGGACUCGGACGAGAGGCGGAGCGUGCUCGCCGACGGCUCGCUGCUCUUCGCCCACGUGGUCCACUCCAAGCACAACAAGCCCGACGAGGGCACCUACCAGUGCGUCGCCACCAUCGACAACGUCGGGUCCAUCUCCAGCCGGACGGCGCGUCUCUCCGUGGCGGGGAUGCCGAGGUUCGCCAGCCAGCCGUCGCCGGCCGCCGUGCGCCUCGGGGACAACCAGGCGAUGGCGUGCGAGGUCAACUCGGACCUGGUGCCCUUCGCCCGGUGGGAGAAAGACCGCCUGCCGCUGGAGCCGAGCGCCCGGCUGGUCCGGCUGCCCAGCGGCGCCCUGGUCAUCGCCAACGCCACAGAGGCCGACGCCGGCCUCUACCGCUGCCUGGUGGAGAACGCGGGGUCGUCCAAGGCCAGCGACGAGGCCCAGCUCCAAGUGCUGCCAGAAACCGGAGAAGACAGGAAGUUGGAGUUCCUGGUGCAGCCGACGUCGGUGACCAAGGCGGUGGGCGCCGGCGUGCUGCUGCCCUGCCUGGUCAGCGGGUUCCCCGUGCCGCACGUUCGCUGGAUGUUCGGUGACAAGCUGCUCCAAGAAAGCGAGGGUCGAGUGGAGCUGCUGGGAGGAGGCAGCGUCCUGAUCUCCAACCUCACGGAGGAGGACGCCGGCGUCUACACCUGCGUGGCGGAGGCCGCCAACGCAAGCCUCGAAGCCCAGGCCCAACUCUCCAUACAAGUUCCUCCCCAGUUUGUCAAGCGGCCGGACAACGUUUACGCCCACGAGUCCAUGGACAUCGUCUUUGAGUGCGAGGUGUCGGGGUCACCGGCUCCCACCGUCAAGUGGGUCAAGAACGGAGACGCCGUCAUCCCCAGCGACUACUUCAAGAUCAUCAAGGAGCACAACCUGCAGGUUCUGGGUCUGGUCAAGUCGGAUGAGGGCUUCUAUCAGUGCCUCGCGGAGAACGACGCAGGCAACAUCCAGUCCAGCGCCCAGCUCAUCAUCUUAGAUCACGAUGUAGCCCUGCCCUCUCUCCUUCCCCCCUCACUGACUCCUAACACUACUGACCAUGUAACGCCAGGCUCCGGAGGUGUAGCCGGUCCGGCGGGGCCCACGCCCUCCGGCCCCCGGGAUGUCGUAGCUUCCCUGGUGUCCACCCGCUUCAUCAAGCUGACCUGGCGCUCGCCGGCCGAACCCCACGGAAACGAGUUGACCUACUCUGUGUUCUACAGCCAGGAGGGAACCAGCAGGGAGCGAGUAGUGAAUACCAGCCGUCCAGGGGAGAUGCAGGUCACCAUCCAGAACCUCAUGCCAGACACCAAAUAUCGCUUCAGGGUCGUGGCCCACAACGGCAACGGCCAGGGAGAGAGCUCUGCAGCGCUCAAAGUGGCCACCCAGGCUGAAGUGCAAGUGUCCGGUCCCGCUCCCAACCUGCAGGCGGUGUCCAACGCGCCGACCUCCGUCUCUCUGAGCUGGGACAAACCGCUCAUGGGCAACGGGGAGAUGCUCACCUACAAGCUGUACUACACCGACAAAAGCUACGGCGACGAACAGGACGUUGACGUCGACAUUCAGUCCUACACCAUGACCGGGCUGAAGAAGAACAACGAGUACAGUUUCCGCGUGGUGGCCAACAACAAGCACGGUCCGGGCGUCUCCACCGAUGACAUCACCGUUCGCACGUUGUCCGACGUACCAAGUGCUCCUCCUCAAAACCUCACCCUGGAGGUCCAGAACUCAAAGGGCAUCAUGCUCCGGUGGCAGCCCCCACCCCUCAACGGCCAGAACGGUGAGAUCACCGGCUACAAGAUCCGAUACCGGAAAGGGUCCCGGAGGAGUGAAGCAGCCGAGACCACCGGAGGCACCCAGCUCCUCAAGCUCAUCGACGGUCUGGAGCGCGGCACCGAGUACUCCUUCCGGGUGUCGGCCAUGACGGUGAACGGCACCGGACCGGCCACCGAGUGGACCGCCACGGAGACCUUCGAGAGCGACCUGGAUGAAUCUCGCGUGCCGGACCAGCCCAGCUCCCUCCAUGUCCGGCCGCUGGUCAACAGCAUCGUGGUGAGCUGGACGCCGCCGGAGAACCAGGACAUCGUGGUGCGCGGCUACACCAUCGGCUACGGCAUCGGCAGUCCGCACGCUCGGACCAUCAAGGUGGACUACAAGCAGCGCUACUACACCAUCGAGAACCUCGACCCCAGCUCCCACUAUGUGAUCACCCUGAAGGCCUUCAACAACGUGGGCGAGGGGAUUCCCGUGUACGAGAGCGCCAUCACCAGGCCGCAGUCCGACCCCGCAGACCCCGAUGUUGACCUGUACGAACUCUUCCAUGCUCCGUACACCUCAGUACCAGACCCCUCCCCAAUGAUGCCACCCGUGGGCGUUCAGUCCUCGGUGCUGAGCCACGACACCAUCAAGGUGACCUGGGCCGACAACUCGCUGCCCAAGAACCAAAAGAUCACCGAUAACCGCUUCUACACGGUGCGCUGGAAGACCAACAUCCCCGCCAACACCAAGAUGAAGAUGGCCAACACCACCAGCCUGAGCCACGUGGUGAUUGGUCUGAAGCCCAACACGCUCUACGAGUUCUCCGUCAUGGUGACCAAAGGGCGGCGCACCAGCACGUGGAGCAUGACUGCACAGGGCACCACCUAUGAGACCAUUCCCAGCUCCUCCCCGAAAGACGUGACCGUGGUGAGCAAAGAGAACAAGCCUCGCACCAUCAUCGUCAACUGGCAGCCUCCCUCGGAGGCCAACGGCAAGAUCACCGGCUACAUCAUCUACUACAGCACGGACGUAAACGCCGAGGUCCACGACUGGGUCAUCGAACCCGUGGUGGGCAACCGCCUGACCCACCAGAUCCAGGAGCUGACGCUGGACACCACCUACUACUUCAAGAUCCAGGCCCGAAACUCCAAGGGCAUGGGCCCCAUGUCUGAGGCCGUUCACUUCCGCACCCCAAAGACUGAGUCCUCUGACAAAAUGGCUAAUGACCAAGCCUCAAAUCUCCCACCGAAGCAGGGGCCUUCGGGCAACCAGCAUCCACACGACCCCAGAACUGCAGUUGGCGUGGGAGGCAACAGCGAAGGUCACAUCCUGGUCAUUGUCAUCAUCAUCUCGGUGGGAGCCUUCACCAUCAUCGUGGUGGUGGUCGGGGCCUUCCUGUGCACGCGGCGCACCACCUCCCACCAGAAAAAAAAGCGAGCCGCCUCGAAGUCCUCGAACGGCUCCCACAAAUACAAGGGGAACUCCAAAGACCUGAAGCCCCCCGAUCUGUGGAUUCACCACGAGAGGCUGGAGCUGAAGCCCAUGGACAAGUCGCCGGAUCCCAACCCGGUCAUGACGGAAACGCCCAUCCCCCGCACCUCGCAGGACAUCACGCCAGCCGACGGCGGCCUGGACAGCAACCCCCACCUGCAGCAGCGGCGCAACUCCUACCGCGGGCACGAGUCAGAGGACAGCAUGUCGACACUAGCAGGCCGACGAGGGAUGAGGCCUAAAAUGAUGAUGCCUUUUGACGCUCAGCCUCCUCAGCCUGUGAUUAGUGCUCACCCCAUCCAUUCCCUUGAUAACCAUCACCACCAUUAUCACAUGGGCAGCCUGGCGUCGCCGACGCGCAGCUACCUCUACCACCAGGGCGGCGGGCACUCCCGCCCGCACGCCUGCGCCUCCUCCAUCUCCCAUCUAGACAGGGUGGACUCCACAGAGUCUGUGAGGAACACCCCUUGUUCGGAGCCCCUCCCUCCGGCCGCCGCCUCCUCCCAGGCGUCCUGCCCCUCGGAGAUCAUGGCCGACCCCGAGGGCAGCUACCACGGCUCCACCACCACCGAGGAGGAGGGCAGCUACUCCAGCAACCUGCCCCCCCACCGCUCGGCCCACCCGCACGCCCACGCCCACCCACUCAAGAGCUUCGGCGUGCCCACCAUCCCGACCACCGGCCACCCGACGUUCGAGUCGCCGGCGCUGCCCAGCACCCCCCUGCUCGCUCAGACCGGGCCUCCCACUCACCCCCAUGUUGUUAAAACAGCCUCUAGCGGAACACUAGGGAGGACUUGGAACCCGAUGGUCGUCACGGUGCCCAACGCCUCCGAUGUGCCCGAGACCAGCAAGAUGCUGGAAGACGUCGACAGCGUGCUUGCCUCCCUCCUCCCCUGCCCCUCCCCCGCCCCUCGCAGUAACCCUGUUCCUCUCCCUCAGAGCUACGAGCCCGACGAGCUGACAGAGGAGAUGGCCCACCUCGAGGGCCUCAUGAAGGACCUGAACGCCAUCACCACAGCGCCAUGAGCAUGCACACACACACCUACACACACACACACACACACACAUACACACUCUCUCACUGGCAUCCACACGUACACACAGAAAGAUGCAAACAAACACGGCCAAACAUGAACCGUGGGAGACUGGUGGACACAAAAUGGCGUCUUGUGCCUGAGGAAAAACUCUCACAUGUCCCCCUGCAGAGAAAAAAAAACAGAACAAACUCCAGACCGGAACUUCGGGAAGCUUUUUUUUCCGGGGCUUCCCUCGCUCGGUCUCAGGAAGGAGAUCGGCCAUGAGAGGGAAGAAAAAAGUGACGCGCUUCGUCUUUUUAUGAAGAAUCGUUUCUCAGAGACGAUGAACUUUAAAACAUUUUGGGGGGGGUCACGUUCAAACAGGAAGAUUGUGAAUUCUCUCCUCGGCUAGAACUCGCGGUGCGACGCGUCGCCGGACGGUUUCAGUGUCGGAAAAGGAGAAAGUCCAAAAAAAUCUGCUGGUUUUGAUGUUGGCGCUUGUCCGGCGCCGUCUACUCAGCGUUUGUUUUGAUUAAUGUUUCCUUUGUGCAUUGUGUAUAUCUAUUGGGCCGUUUCAGUGAAGUGAACAUUGGACAUCAGCCGCCCCGUCCCCCCCUCCCCCACCCCUCCUUCUACAAGCCUACGUUAUUCAUAAACGUUGUUUUUACCCCUCUCGUGUCUUAUAUUGUGCCAUGACUUUUUAUUAUUUGUUGUUAUGUUAUUGUAUUAUUUUUGUACACACAUAUCCUUAUAAACAUGUACAUAUGUUGUAUGUGUGCUUUUUAUUUUAUUUUUUAAACUGCCUCAUUUUUUAAAAAUGUUUCCCAUUUGUUAUCGUUUUUUGGGAGGGGGGGGGGAUUGAAAGUGGGAUUCCAAUCGAGUCCUGAAGCUCAGUUUUCAUAUAAAAAAAAAAAGGGGGAGAGAGAGAAGCCUGAUGUGUUUUCCUGUACAUUCUUCUCUGGCUUCGAGUCGCCCGCCUUUGUACAUUCAGUCAUCUUCUCGCUGUCGUGGGAGCUCCGUUUCAAAAAGCUUCGUAUGCGGGAAACAUCCAACUUCCAGCUUCUCUGUGGCCGCCUCCCCUCACAGGUCAGGGGGCACCUAAAGGACUCAGGGCGCUGACACUCACCUGGCACCCAGUCAGUCAAUCAAUCAAUCAGUCAAUCACCUGCAACAGACGAGUUAUCUUUUAUACGAGAAGUUCGAUCGAAUGUGUGUGCGUGUCGUUUCCAAAAACCAAUAUUUGGUUUCAGACGUGCGUACCGCAGAACCACGCGUGUGCAUUUUUCUCCACAAGCGGCGCGUGUUUGCCGUUUCUCAUUUGCGUUUCCCCCUCUGCUGUUCGCCAUCUGGUUCUCUUACAAAAGAUGGCCGUUUAAAUGAGACUCAGAUCUUUUUUUUCUUCCUUUUUUUUUUUUUCAUGGGAGUCUUUGUAUGAAAAAAAGAAAAGAAAAAGAAGAAGCUUGUUGUAAACACAAAUCCGAUGUAAAAAUAAAAAAAAAGUUCAUCUAAGAAACUAGUUUUUCAUCACACUCUUACCCAAAGAAAUUUGUCAUUUGCAAUCAUAGUAAUUUGCUCUACUUUUGUGAAUACCAUGUUUCUCAUAAAUGUACAUCGUCAUGAAUGUCAAUAUAACUGUAAGAGAUUUUAAACUAUGGAUUCAAACGAGGAACAAGUUUCGGGGGGGAGGGGAACAUGAUAGAAAACAAAAAGGGGGGAAGGGGAGGAAAAGGACCGGACUCCAUUUGGGAAAUAAUCUAUUGAGUUGUAAACAGUUGAACCUGUAUUGCACUUUUUCACAAUUUUUUGAAAAGUACAUUUCUUACAUAUCUUGUGUUUUAAAUAUCAAACGCUGUUUGUGUAACGUAGUGUCCUAGGUAAGCAGCAGGCAGCUGGUCUUGUUUUUUUAUGUUCAUUAUUUUAUUUUUUAUUUUUUGGGAGCUACAGAAAUGAAAAGGAUUUGAGCAGCCGAGUUGUUUAUUUUGCAGCUCACGAUGAGGAAUGAUGUCGUUGCUUAUUAUGUACAGAGCUUUCUCUGCUUUCUGUAGGAAAAAAAAUCUGUGGCUUUUUUAAAAAAUGUUGGAAAAAAAAAAGUUGUGAAAAAAAUAUGUUUUUUUAUUGGUGCUCCUAUACAUUGUGUAUACAAACUAUUAUGAAUACUAACAAAGUAAAUGUU